AUAAAUGGAAAAAAUAUUGACUACUCAAAAUUUGGAGUUUCUAUUUUUCUUUUUCUCUUUUUGAGGGAAAAAUUUCUAUUUAUAUAAAGCUAAAAACUCGAAAGAGAAACCUUAACCCAAUCACUCAUGGCGUUCUGCUCCACCAGAUUCCUGCUCCUCCUCAUCCUCCUCUCCGCCGUCCCCGUCGCCUACAUCAUCCGCCUCGAGACGUCCGAGCCCGCCGCUCACGUCUACGCCUACAGCAGCAAAUCGUGGAUCCGCGAGUGCGCCAAGUGGGACGAUCUCAACCGUCGCUUCAUCGUCUCCUUCUUCGAGGGCGGCAUCGGGGUGGUACCGGUGAAGGCGGACGCCGCCGUUUUGGAGGAGAUUACGGUUGUCGAAGGCGCCGGCUUCGGGAAGAACUCGUCGCUGGGAAUCGUGAUCGACCGGCCCAGGAAUCGGUUGCUGGUGGCAAUCGCCGAUGUGCUCGGGAACAAGUACGGCGCUCUCGCCGCUUACGAUUUGACCACGUGGAACCGCCUCUUUCACACCCAGCUCGCUGGACCAGAGGGCAAGAAAACAUUCGCAGAUGAUGUAGCCGUUGAUGCAGAAGGAAAUGCUUAUGUAACCGAUGCAAAGGGAAGCAAGCUUUGGAAGGUUGGUGUGAAUGGUGAGCUCCUUUCCACCAUCGAGAGCCCACUCUUUAUCCAAAAAGAGUGGUACCUCAACUUGAUUGGCCUCAACGGAAUCGUGUACCAUCCAAACGGGUAUUUGUUGGUGGUCCAUACUCUAUCCGGCAAGCUCUUCAAGGUCGAGAUAGGCAAGGGAGACGUGGUGAAGGAGGUUAACAUCAUUGGGGAUUCGUUGAUGUUUGGAGACGGGUUGGAGCUCGUAUCCCCCACAAAGCUCGCGGUUGCUGGGAAAUCGGUGAGGAUGGUGGAGAGCACGGAUGAUUGGGAGAGUGGGCGCAUUGUAGGGAAGUCGAAGGCUCUUGGUCAUCGUUUGGUGACAGCAGCCACGGUGAAGGAGGGUAAGGUUUAUUUGAACCACCUUGUUGGUUUAGGGUAUCCUAAGAGGAAACAUGUGCUUCUUGAGGCUGUUUUUACUUGACACUUGUGGAACAGAGGAUCCCUGUCUCAAUAGGCCAUUUUGGUGGUGUUGGUAUUUAGUUUUUGUGUUUGCCUUUUUCUAGUUGAAGUUCUGCAUAACCUGUAUGUUGCAUUGCUGCAUGCAUAUAAUGAAUGAUAUAUAAACGGCUUCAUCUUUCUUUAAA